AUGCGGUUAAAAGUCUCUCCGAUUAAAAAACCCAAACACGAUGGAGCGGUCAUUUGCGUUGGUUGGAAUAACACUGAAGAUGUUUUCUCGUGCGGCGAUGAUCACAAGUUACUAAAAUGGAAUCUAGCAACAAAUGAAUGCAUGUCGGUUGCAACGUUUCCUGAUGAUUUGUAUCCAACUGGACUUCAUUUAUUUUCUAAAAUAAAUAAUAGUGGGAAGAAGUCGCAAACUGACUUUAUAUUAAUAGCAUCUACAGAUGGGAGAUUUCACAUAGUCAAUUACAAUGGGCGCAUUGAGAAGAGUAUUAAUGCUCAUCAAGGUGCUUGUCUUGUCGCACUUUGGAGUCCUAAUGCUGACGGAAUUCUAACAGCUGGAGAGGACGGGUGUGUCAAAAUAUGGUCAUGUAACGGUCUUCUAAGAUCGACUGUUGUCGAAUCAGAUGUGUCUUGCUAUAUGGCUGCAUGGAGCCCUGACAGUAACUCUAUCUUGUACACCAAAAAGCAUCAUUUAGUAAUUCAUCCAUUGCAAGCAAAAUCUAAAGUAACUAAGUGGUGGGCACAUGAAUCAGUUAUUUUAUCCGUUGGUUGGAAUGCAAGUAAUAAUUUAAUUGUCUCGGGUGAUGAGGAUGGCUAUAUUAAGGUUUGGGAUACAUUUCAACAGUUAAUAUUUUCCACAAAGGAGUUUGUACAUCCAUGUACUGCAAUCAGUUGGUCACCGCAUGGUGAUUUGUUUGUCGCUGGCAGUUUUAAUAAAUUGUCACUUCAUAGUGAUGAUGGCUGGCCUAACUCUUCUUUAGACUUGGACGUUGGCAGUGUUUACUGUGUAGCGUGGUCACCUGAUGGUACGCAGCUAGCAGCAGCUUGCGCCGAUGGUCAUGUUAUUUUCGCACACAUUAUUGACAGAACUUAUAACUGGAAGAAUUUUACUUGCACCCAAAUCGGGCGCAAAGUAAUAGCUAUAAAGGAUAUAACGACCGAUGAAAGUGAUCAACUUGACUAUCCGGAUAGUGUCGUACAAAUUGCGCUUGGCUUUGAUCAUUUAGCAGUGGCCACGAUAAAGCAGUGUUUCAUACACAAGUUGACGUCGUGGAAUACUCCAGUAACGUUCGACCUUAAGGACGGCGCUGUUAGUGUCAUUCUUCUAGCCUCAAGAUGUAUGUGUAUAGUCGAGCGUGGUCGUAUCUCGGUAUACAGCUACACCGGUCGCUUGCUGGCCAGUCCGCAAAUCAGUUCGCACUCCGAGUUGCGUGGACGAGCUUCGAUAUCUUUAGGGCCGGAUACACUGGCUUCUAUUGACUACGCCAAUCCCACUUUGAUUCAAGUAUUUGAUUUGCCAACUGCAACGUAUUCAAUAAGUCGUGGGGCAGGAGAUAACAAUGUAACCAGGAUAAAACACCACACGGUGGUUUGCAGCAUUGCAUUGAGUCAGACUGGACCCAUCAAUGAACGUCAGAUAGCUUUGCUAGAUAAGAGACGUGAUUUGCUAGUUGCAACUGUGAAGGACUCAAAACAAAAGCUAUCGGUGCUAUCCCGUGCAGUACUUAGUGUUAUGUGGAGUACAGAAUCUGAACUAUUAGUUGGCUUAAAGAAGGAAUCUAUAGUAAGUUGGGCUUAUCAGAAAAAUAACACUCGUCCGGAACUUACUACAACUGUCAUUUCGAUACCGUCAAGUAACAUGGGUUAUAAUCCCACCAUACAAUGUGUGGAAAAUGGUGUUGCGAUUAUUUAUCGCGGGAAAGGAUCAACCGUCAUGCACAUAUCGCUUGGCGUCAUACAUGUAGAGAUGGUGCUUAAAUAUAUCGCUUCCAACAUGUGGAGUGAAGCUUUACAGCUUUGUCGCACAUUGAAAGACACCAAGCUCUGGGGAUGUCUUGCCGAAAUGGCUCUAGAAAAAAAUCAGUUAGACAUAGCCGAAGAAGCUUUUGAAGAAGUGCACCAGUAUGCGGAGGUGUUUCGGAUACAACACUUAAAAAACAUAAGAAAUAGUAGUGGAGCAGGAAACGCAUAAAUAAAUUUAUAAA